UCAAGCAGAGCAUUCUUAGUUCUAAACUGCUGGACCACCCUUACUGUAAAAGUCCACUGGAUGCUCCCUUGGUAUGCAGUGAACUCAAAGUAGAAAACCAAAUGGCAGGUGGCAAGAGCAGCCAGACAGCGUCUCCAGUGGAUGAUGAGCAGCUCUCAACCUGCCUUUCUGGAUUCCUAGAUGAAGUUAUGAAAAAGUAUGGAAGUCUGGUCCCACUCAGUGAAAAAGAUGUCCUUGGGAGGUUAAAAGAUGUUUUUAAUGAAGACUUUUCUAAUAGAAAACCAUUUAUCAAUAGGGAAAUAACAAACUACCGGGCUAGACAUCAAAAGUGUAACUUCCGAAUCUUCUACAAUAAGCACAUGCUGGAUAUGGAUGAUCUGGCAACUUUGGAUGGUCAAAAUUGGUUGAAUGACCAGGUUAUUAAUAUGUAUGGCGAGCUGAUAAUGGAUGCAGUCCCAGACAAAGUCCACUUCUUCAACAGCUUUUUCCAUAGACAGCUGGUAACCAAAGGCUAUAAUGGAGUUAAGAGAUGGACUAAGAAGGUGGACUUAUUUAAAAAAAGUCUUCUGUUGAUUCCCAUUCACCUGGAGGUCCACUGGUCUCUCAUUACCGUGACACUCUCCAGUCGGAUUAUUUCAUUUUAUGAUUCCCAAGGCAUUCAUUUUAAAUUCUGUGUAGAGAAUAUAAGAAAGUAUUUGCUGACUGAAGCCAGAGAAAAAAACAGACCUGAGUUUCUUCAGGGUUGGCAGACUGCUGUUACAAAGUGUAUUCCACAACAGAAAAAUGACAGUGACUGUGGAGUCUUUGUGCUCCAGUACUGCAAGUGCCUCGCCCUAGAGCAGCCUUUCCAGUUUUCUCAAGAAGACAUGCCUCGUGUGCGGAAGAGGAUCUAUAAGGAGCUGUGUGAGUGCCGGCUCCUGGACUGAGACUCACUCAGCAGGGACUCCAGAAGGCGCCAUGAUGGAGCAGAGGGCUUGUUACUUGAAUCUCCAAACACUUACUGAAUCUUUACAGAUAUUUCAGAUUGGUGGUAUUGGGCCACUUAUUGUUACCUCAGAUUUAUUUUUGCCCUUCAUUUCUCCUGCUAUCAUGUACUUUUUUUUAAUGUUCAAUUUAGUUUCAUUUUUAACUUUAUGAAUUCCAUAUGUCCCUCCCAUAUUUAAUAUUUAUUAUCCAAACGCAUGCAUAUAGACAGAGCAUGCAGUAAAAGAGUAUUAAAAAAAAAAAGCCUAGUAGAUUUGGCAGCUUUUGAAACAUAGUUAGAUGUGAACUGAAUACAGGUUUAAAAGUUAACCCCAGAACCUAAAAAUGCAAGAUGUUUUUGAUACAGCAUAGCUCAGAGUAGAUGUUCCCUAAGGCAUAAAGGGUAGCUAGGAGUGCUGUGGAAAAGCCAGUCAUGUUCGCUUAUACCAGCAGUGCCUCCUGCUGCUCUCUCUCAGAUGAGUCUCCAGCAUGAGAUGCAUUCCUUCUGAAGGUGAGAGGGGCUGUUCUGCUUAGGGAUAUGGUGCUUGCAAGCACAGUGCUGACUGGAGAAGAGGUAAGGUAUGAGAAAAAAAGGCAGUGUCCUUGGGUGCCAGUUACCUUAUUUUUAAAAGGUUGGGGGAGGGGUUAUUUUGUUGUUUUGAGACAAAGUCUCACUAUGUAGCCCAAGCUGUCCUGGAGCUCACAGUAGCUAGGCUGGCCUCAAACUCAAGCUAAACCUGUCUGUCUCCCCAGUGUUGGUAAUAUAGGUACAUACCGAUACACUCUACACUAAGAGUCCCAUUUUGGUUUUAAGAAUUAUAAUAUAUAGAUUAAAUCUCAUAAAGGCUUUUCCUGAGACAUUGAAUUUUCUUGGAUUUUUUUUCUGGGUUUGACUUGUGAAAAAAAACUUAGCAUCCAUUAAACUCAUAGUUAAAUAAAUGAGAAUUUGGCUUUUCAUGGAAGUAAUUUGCUAGUUACCACCUCUUUGUGUUGCUGCCCUUGUACUCCAAGGCAUUUAAGAUUUACCAAAAAUGUUCUUACUUCAAGGCAUAUAAAAUACAAAUAC